AUGGAUUCGACGACGGCGGCUCAAGGUGUCUUCGCAUGUAUUAUGCGUCCAUUGAAUAAAUAUCUUCGGCAAACAAGACAACAGCCUCGACAUCCUGCUGAAGCUAAUCUCUGCGAUGCCAUGGAUUCGACGACGGCCGCUCAAGGUGUAUUCGCAUGUAUUAUGCGUCCAUUGAACAAAUAUCUUCGACAAACAAGACAACAACCUCGACAUCCUGCCGAAGCUGUCACCCAUCAUAUCGAAAGAUGUCUGAGCAUGCGACUGAACUAUCGCACGUUUUUGCAGCGAUUUUUCAGCGAUAGAUUUCCUGCAAAGGAUAUCGUGUCGGAGUCUAAAUGGUCCAUAAUCUCAGAUGAACAAGCGUCUGCUUCGAUUCAGCAUGGCACAACAUUUUUAUUACGUUCACACAACAAG